CAAACACAUAUAGAAAAGUGGUAUGCGCACGAGUGAGCGCCAAAGGCGCAGGUACAAUAUCGCUACCGCUCUCCAGUCGUUGUUCGGCCGCGGAGCUGAGCGCGCAAAGCAAGCCGGUCGUCGUCGCCGUGAGCAUCGCAGUCUCGCGCUGAUGAACAUUCCGCAGCGCGCGCACACACGCGAGUACAGCUUCGUUUUAUCCCAUGUGCUCUCAGUGCUUUUGCCAGUGAUUUUUAACGGCACUUUCUCUCUCUCUCUCUCUCGCUUGACCGAGUGUCGUCAGUGCCGGCUUUUCUUCGAUAACACAGUGUUGGCAAUUUCCAGAGUGAGAUUGUGAUACUUCGACAAAUAGCACGAAUGGUUAACAACGUGAUGAGCGAGUACGAGCGUAUCAAGCGUUCGUGCUUGAAACGCGGCGAAUUGUGGGAGGAUCCUGAUUUCCCGUCAACUCAAGCGUCUGUGUUCUAUCAUCAAACGCCACCAUUUCAGUUCCAAUGGAAGAGACCACGGGAGCUCUGCAAUCGUCCAAUUUUCGUUAGCGAUACACCGACACAGUUCGACGUUAUACCUGGAAAAUUGGGUGACAAAUGGCUGGUGUCCUGCCUCGGCGUCUUACACCUGAGCAAAGGUCUAUUCUACCGAGUCGUACCAGCGGAUCAAGGUUUCGGCAGUGGAAUAGUAGGCAGCAGUAGCGAGCCGCCAAAUUCACCAAGUGCCGAGUACGCCGGUGUUUUUCGAUUUCGAUUGUGGUGGUGUGGCGCAUGGGUGGAAGUGCUGGUCGACGACCGACUACCGGCCGUCCACGGACGACUUGCUUUCGUACAAAGCCGUCACAGCGAUCAGUUUUGGCCGGCUCUGCUCGAGAAAGCAUACGCCAAACUGCACGGCUCGUACGAAGCGCUGAAAUACGGAACGUUGCUGGACGGUUUGUCGGAUCUCACAGGCGGUAUUACCGAGAGCAUCGCCAUACGUCAAGAUCCAACUGGCUGUGGUCGUGCACUCGCUAAACUGCUCGAUAUGACUUCGCUUAUCACCUGCACUGUAAAUAACAGUCAGCAACAGAUACGAGCGAGCACAGAAAAACUGGCCAAUGGAAUUCAAAUGGGAAUCAAUUACAGACUCUACGCUAUUGAAAGGGUGGAAACCUUCAGCGGCGAAGCGGUUCAACUAGUAAAGCUACGUAAUCCUCUGGGUCCAGGUGGCGAAUACGUUGGAGCAUGGGCACGCGGCGGUCUCGAAUGGGACGAAGUGCCCCCAGUUGAACGUGAUCGAUUGUCAGUUCGUAACAUGGCGGAAGGAGAAUUCUGGAUCUCGUACUCGGACUUUGUGAAGACUUUUACGCACCUUGAGGUGGUGCAUCUGGACGCGGAAACAUCACGGGAUGAGCCGUCGCUGCACAGCAAACACACUUGGCAGAUGAAGCUCUAUCAGGGCAGCUGGAGAAGGGGCGUCACCGCCGGAGGCUGUCGCAACAAUCAAGAAACAUUUCACAUCAAUCCACAACUGCACUUGAUACUCAGCGAGAUGGAGGAAGUGGUGGUGUCGCUAAACCAGCACUCGAUCAUGGAACCAAAGGUCAUCGGUUUCACGGCUUACUCCUUGCCGAAAGGCUGCGGCGAGAUGAUAAACAAGCAAUUCUUCAAGAAGAACAAGUCGCUGAUCAACUCGCAGUAUACCAACAGCCGACAGGUGAGCCACAGGUGUCAGCUGGAUCAAGGAGGCUAUCUUCUCAUACCGACAACCUUCGAGCCAACUGAGGAAACGAGUUUCACGCUGCGAGUUUACAGCAGCAAACCACUCAAGCUCAAAUUAUUAGACACACCGCCAAUGCUGCUCAAGUCAGCGAUCAUCAGAGCUCCUCCACUCGAAGGCAAAGGAUUCUCGCAAUACGAAGCGGUGUUUCUUCAAUUGGCUGAUGAGCACAGGACGGUCAACGCUUUCGAACUUCAGGAACUGCUGGAAGCCUGUUUGCCAAACGAUUACAUCAAAAGUUGCGCCUGUAUGGAUGUCUGUCGACAAGUUAUCCUCUCAAUGGAUAUUACCGGUAGCGGUAGGCUCAAGUUCAAUGACUUCAAGGAUCUCAUGUGCAGUCUUAAAUAUUGGCAGGCGGCAUUCAAAAACCACACGAAAGAAAAAACUGGCAUACUCAAAGCUGAACGACUUUGCGAUGCUCUACUGGAAGUUGGAUUUCAAUUGAGCACGGACGUAAUGUCGAUUGUUAUUCUGCGAUAUAUGAGAAAAGAUGGGACUCUACGAUUCGGAGAUUUUGUGUCUGCCAUUCUGCAUUUGAAUGAUGCUUUUGCAAUUUUCGAGAGCAAAGAUCCACUGCAAAACGGAACCAUCAAACUAAGCUUGACAGAUUGGCUUCGAUCAUCGCUCAUGUGCUGAUUUAUUGUUGGAUCUGUAAUUUGUUGUACUUUUGAUCGUUUGUAAAUAAUUCAUCGGAAAUCAUCAGUUGCGUUUCAAACGUUAGCCAUACUAACGAGUAAUGUUUUAGCCUUAUCCCAUUGUAAUAUAAUCAUCAUCCAAUCAACAUUUUUUUAUACAAUCAUUCCGUAACGUUUAAGAUCAAUUUGUAUAAAAAAUUAAUUGUAUAUGACUAUUAAUUUCUCAUUGUAAUGGAUAAUAAUAUUAAGUAUAUUUUGUAAUUUAUUUGUGUAGUAAUUAUUGGCCCAAUUACAUAAGUGAGAAGAACAUUUCAAAAAUUAAAUUUUCAAAGCUAAUGAUUUAUUUUAUUAUCAAUUCAAUAUUAUAAGCUUCUAAAAGUAAUGUUGCAUUUGAAUUUAUUGGAGGCUUAAUAGAGACAUAAAGUUAUGCCAAUUAAUAAUUUUUGAGCAUAAAUAAUUUAAUUAUUUAUAAAUGUAAGGAUUUGAAUUAUAUUAUUUUAAAAACUAAGAGGAUUUUAUUCACUCCUAAAUGUUAAAAGACAUACAAUAUUCAUUAGAUCAGUGCUUGGUAUGGCCAAGUUUUCAAUACAAUAGAACUCCUGAAAUUAUUGGAGUUUUUGUAAAACCUUAUACAUUUCGUAUGUAUAAAAAAUUAUGCAUACUAAUCAAAAAUAAAUGACCCAUUGUACCCCUUAUGGAUUUAGAAAAAUACAUGAAACAAAUAGCACUAUUAAUAAACAUUUAAUUUUAUUGCUUCAAUUAUGACGCAACAGACUAUUACCAUUUUAUAAUGAUGAAAUGAGGCAAGGCUUGAGAUUAAACAAUUUCAUAUCCUGACAUAUCAUUUAUCUGAUUGGUUGUAUUUGUAUAUGACUUUUCCAUUCCAUCAUAAAAAGGCAUGAACAUGUAUUGACGUUUAAUUUGAUCUAUUUACUUGCUUUGUAGAAAAUCAGGUAGCGUAUAAAAAAUAUCCAAUUGUGUAAUGGCCAAAAUAAA